AUGGGUAACAAAUUUAUCUCCAUGAUGAAGAAAGACAACAAAGAUGGAUCUAAAAGCAAGAGAAUGAAUAGAUCACAGAGAAAAUUACUUGCUGAUGAAGAGAUGUUGCAUCGACGAGCUUUAUCCAUGGCGAUUCAUCAAGCUCAGAUUUCUCAGAGAUUCGAUGGAUCCAUGUCUAGACGGGUCGGUUCUACUAGCACAAGGAAACAGAGGACUCUCUCUGACCCGUUUUCAAACGGCAAACAGGUACCUGAUUUUUCAGAGAGCUUGAUUGUGAAGAAAUUUGUUUUGGUGCACGGUGAAGGGUUUGGGGCAUGGUGUUGGUACAAAAUUGUUGCUUCAUUGGAAGAGUCUGGACUGUCUCCUACCACGAUCGACCUCACUGGAUCUGGUUUUAAUAUGACAGACAUUAACACCGUCUCUACCUUGGAGGAAUACUCAAAACCAUUGAUCGAGCACCUCGGAAAUCUCCCUGAAGAAGAAAAGGUUAUUCUGGUCGGUCAUAGUACUGGAGGUGCGUCCAUUUCAUAUGCGUUAGAGCGAUUUCCAGAGAAGAUUUCAAAAGCUAUAUUUGUCUGUGCAACAAUGCUUUCUGAUGGCCAAAGACCUUUUGAUGUUUUCUCUGAAGAGCUUGGUUCCGCAGAGCAAUUCAUGACAGAGUCACAGUUCUUGAUCUAUGGGAACGGAAAAGACAAGCCUCCUACGGGAUUCAUGUUCGAAAAGCAACACAUGAAAGGCUUGUAUUUCAAUCAAUCACCCAACAAGGACAUAGCAUUGGCGAUGAUCUCAAUGCGACCUGUACCGCUUGGACCAAUGAUGGAUAAGGUGUCGCUGACUUCAGAGAGAUACGGGAAAGGAAGGAGAUUCUAUGUGCAGACACUGGAUGACCGUGCGCUUUCACCAGACAUUCAAGAGAAAGUGGUGAGAGAGAACAGCCCCGAAGGAGUCUUCAAGAUCAAAGGAAGUGAUCACUGUCCUUUCUUCUCAAAGCCUCAAUCUCUCCACAAGAUUCUUCUUGAGAUUGCACAGAUUCCUUAA